CGGGUUCUUUAUCAUAAGUCACCAUGGCCGGGUGUUGCCAGAACAUCCGCGGAGGGUCCCGAGCGUUGCGCACAGCCUCGGCUGUACUCACUAGGCGCUGUCCGCUCUCCACCGCGACGGCCCCGGAGCCGGCUCCUGCUGCAACCGCCCCCGCCGCUGCUUCAUCGUCCUCCGGAGCUGUCGAAGCAGCUGCAGUCCCGCCGCCUUCGCAAGAAGCCCCCCGGCCCCAACAGUUGCCGCCGCCGCCGCCAGCCGUGGAUUUCGCCGACCCGCGGGAGGCUUUCCGCAGCAAGACCACCGGCGAGCUGGUCCGCGGGCUCCUGGUGCUCGGCCUCUGCUCCGUGGACCCGCUGGUGGAGCGCGCCCCGCAGCUGAUGAAUCUCACCCGGAAGCUGCUGGGGCAGCGGCUCUUUGAGAACCUGAUGAAAAUGACCUUCUAUGGACAGUUUGUGGCCGGGGAGAACAGAGAAGCCAUCAAGCCUCUCAUCCAGCACAACCAUGCAUAUGGUGUUGGUUCAGUGCUGGACUACAGUGUGGAAGAGGACCUGACCACAGAGGAGGCAGAGAAGAAGGAACUGGACUCCUGUACCUCUGCAUUUGAGAAGGAGACAGGCAAGCAAAGAGAAAAGAGAUACAGUGCACAUCCUAGGUUUGGUGAUCGACGGGCUGGUGUCAUCAGCGCUCGCACCUACUUCUAUGCAGAUGAAGCCAAAUGUGACCGGCACAUGGACACCUUUCUGCAGUGCAUAGAAGCUUCAGCUGGCAGCUCAAAAGAUGGCUUCUCGGCUAUUAAACUUACUGCAUUGGGGAGGCCUCAGUUCUUGCUGCAGUUCUCAGAGGUGCUGGUGAAGUGGCGGAGGUUUUUCCACCAGAUGGCUGCAGAACAGGGCCAGGGGGGACUUGCAGCCCUGGAGACCAAGCUGGAGGUGAAGAAGCUGCAGGAGGCACUGGCCAAGCUGGGAGUUGCCACCAAGGCAGAGAGCCAGCACUGGUUCACCGGUGAGAAACUAGGCGAAUCUGGAACAGUGGACUUGCUGGACUGGAACAGCUUGAUUGACACCCGCACAAAGAUUUCCAAGCUGCUGCUCAUCCCAAACAUGAAGACAGGGCAGCUUGAGCCCCUGCUGUCUCGCUUCACAGAGGAGGAAGAGAUGCAAAUGAAACGGUUGCUGCAGAGGAUGGAUGUCCUGGCCAAGAAAGCUUUAGAGGUGGAUGUGAGGUUAAUGGUGGAUGCAGAACAGACCUACUUCCAGCCGGCCAUCAGCCGCCUCACCCUGGAGAUGCAGCGCAGAUUCAACCAGCAGAGACCAACCAUCUUCAACACCUACCAGUGCUACCUGAAGGAAGCCUAUGAUAAUGUGACUGUGGACGUGGAGCUCUCCCGUCGGGAAGGCUGGCACUUUGGAGCCAAACUGGUGAGGGGUGCCUACAUGGAUCAGGAGCGCAGCAGGGCAGCGGAAUUGGGCUACGAGGACCCCAUCAACCCAAACUACCAGAAGACCAGUGAGAUGUACCAUAGAUGCCUGGACUACAUCCUUGAGGAGAUCAAACACCAUCGGAAAGCCAACGUGAUGGUGGCUUCCCACAAUGAAGACACAGUCAAGUUCACAAUUCACAGGAUGGCAGAACUCGGCAUCCAUCCCUCUGAGAACAAGAUCUCCUUUGGGCAGCUCCUGGGAAUGUGUGACCAAAUCACCUUCCCUCUUGGCCAAGCUGGCUUCCCAGUCUACAAAUACGUCCCCUACGGGGCUGUGAACGAAGUGCUGCCUUACCUGUCCAGGAGAGCCCAGGAGAAUCGAGGCUUCAUGACAAGAGCCAAGCAGGAGCAGCAUCUCCUGUGGGCCGAGCUCAAGAGACGGCUGUUCUCGGGCACCCUCUUCUAUAGUCCAAGCCCACCCUAGGCUUGCCUUCAGGUGCUAUGGCCUGGACACCAGCAGCUGGCAUGGCCAAGGUCACCAGCUCUUUUCCUUGCUGGCCACCUGUGCAUACAGCACUUCCUGAGCAUCUCCUUCUCUGCUGUGCUGCAACCACAUGGACCCUGCUUCCUGUCACGGGGCUUUUUAUGCCAAGAGGGUUUUCCUUUUAACAUCACACUGGAGUUUGUUUCAGAUUUGUCCAUCCAUCUCCAUCCCAAAUUAAAAAAAAAACAUGUUACAGAAA